GGUUGCCAGACUCUGCUUCCUGGCCACCAUGAUUAUGCUGAGGCUAGACCUCCCAGGUUCUUCUGCAGAAAGGCAGAGCAUCUUUUAUUAAGUAGAAUACCCAUGGUUUCCAGAAUCUCCAAUUCUGAAAUAUUGCUGUUGCUUAUUUGAAUUAACACUCUGAAGAUCCUAUCAAAGCAGUUGUAAGCUAGAAGGGUAAAGGGACUAACAGUCUCACCACAGACAUGAACAUAGUUACAAAAUUCAGAUAUCGGAUAUUUCCACCAUGGCAUGGCUAGGGUGAACCAGCCAGUCUAGCCUGGUGAAGACUCCAUCAGCACACUGGGUAUGAUCCUUGGAGUGGGACUGUCACUGCUGCUCGUGUCCAUCCUAGGCUACAGUUUGGCCAAGUGGUACCAGCGUGGGUACUGCUGGGACGGGCCUAACUUUGUCUUCAACUUAUACCAAAUCCGGAACCUGAAGGACUUGGAGGUGGGACCACCCUUUACCAUCAGUGGCCACAUGAGCAAUCCGGAUGGCGGCUACAUGAAGUUCUCCAAUGAAAGAGUCUGAUGGAGCAGCUUCUAGCUUCUGAAGGACAAGGGAGGUUCAGGGUGAUGUCUCCCAAGCACCUGAUCUGCUCAGAACGUCAUAAUCAUCUCGUUCCUCCUGGAACUGCUUUCACCUACCUUCAAAUGCUUCUUUGACAUGAAUGGAAAAGUUCUGUCCA